UUACCUUUUCUCUGCAAGCCCACAUGCAUCCAUCUCUAUCAAGUUCUACAACUUAGCGCCCACUUUUUCUAUGAAAGAGAUCUUUUAAUUUUUCUGAAUAUUGCUACAUGUUACCAGGUAUGGCCUACUAAAUCUCCCGGCCAUUCACCGUCUUUUUUUCCUCCAGAUCCUGAAAUCAUUCAAAAUCUCUUGAAAAGGAGAGGCUCCCUAUAAAUUCCUCUCCCCUGCGAAGGAAGACACCAUCUGUUCCACUCCCCAACUUCUGAAGGCCCUGAGGUUCUCCUCUCCAACACACUAUUAUCUUUCUCUGUUGUAUUAUUUGUUCUCUUCCUCUGCUAUCCUCUGGCCUACGUCCACCAUUUGCCUUCCCUUUCUCUUCUCUCCUCAGAAAGAGCAAUAUUUUAAGGAAAAGAAGGAAAGAAAAAGCAGAAACCAGAGAGGAGAUGAAGGAGUUCUGGACAUCUCUGGCCUCGCUGAUGGGGGUGUUCGCCUUCUGCCAGAGCCUCCUCCACGCCGUCUUCCCUCCGGAGCUCCGCUUCGCGACGGCGAAGCUCUUCAACCGCCUGUUCAACUGCUUCUCUUCCUACUGCUACUUCGACAUCACCGAGAUCGACGGCGUCAACACCAACGAGCUCUACAACGCCGUCCAGGUCUAUCUCAGCUCCUCGGCGUCGGUCGCCGGAAGCCGCCUCUCCCUGACCCGCGCCCUCAACUCCUCUGCUUUCACCUUCGGUCUCUCCAACAACGACCGCCUCGUCGACACCUUCCGCGGCGCCACCGCCACCUGGGAGCACGUCGUCACCCAGCGCCAGGCCCAGACCUUCUCCUGGCGGCCCCUCCCCGAUGAGAAGCGGGGCUUCACGCUCCGCAUCGAGAAGAAGGACAAGCCCCUCAUCCUCCAAGCCUACCUCGACCACAUUAUGGACACCGCCAACGACAUCCGCCGCCGGAACCAGGACCGCCUCCUCUACACCAAUUCGCGGGGCGGCGCCAUGGACUCCCGCGGCCACCCUUGGGAGUCGGUGCCCUUCAAGCACCCCAGCACCUUCGACACCCUCGCCAUGGAUCCUUCCAAGAAGGAAGAGAUCAUGGCCGACCUCAGGGACUUCGCCGAGGGGAAUGCAUUCUAUCAGAAAACAGGGCGGGCCUGGAAGAGAGGCUACUUGCUCUACGGCCCGCCCGGUACCGGCAAGUCGAGCAUGAUCGCCGCCAUGGCCAAUUUCCUCGGCUACGAUAUCUACGACCUCGAGCUCACUGAGGUGCACACCAACUCCGAGCUCAGGAAGCUCCUUAUGAAGACCACCUCCAAGUCGAUCAUAGUCAUCGAAGACAUCGACUGCUCGAUCAAUCUGACCAACCGUAGCUCGAAGAAGCCGCCGAAUGAGCCUCCAUCCGAGUUCAGGGCCGGGCCCGGGGCCAGGACCGGGCCGGACGACGCGACGGCCAACUCGAUCACCUUGUCCGGCUUGUUGAAUUUUACUGAUGGAUUGUGGUCGUGCUGCGGGAGCGAGAGAAUUUUCGUGUUCACGACGAACCGCAUCGAGAAGCUCGACCCGGCGCUCCUGAGGUCGGGGAGGAUGGACAUGCACAUCUUCAUGAGCUACUGCUCCUUCCCGGCAUUGAAGAUUCUGAUGAAGAAUUACUUGGGAUUCGACGACGGCGAAUUGGAUGGUGAAGAGGAUGGGUUGCUGAAGCAGUUGGAGGAGGUGAUCGAUGAGGCGGAGAUCACUCCGGCGGAUGUUAGCGAGCUUCUGAUAAAGAACCGGCGAAGGGAGAAGCGCGAGGCCAUAAAAGAGCUCUUGGAAGUGCUGAAGAGCCGCCGCGUGGAGAAGAAGAAACCGGGAAGCCGUUCCGCAGCGGCGAGGAAGAAGCGUUUGAACGAGGAGUUGGAGGAGGAGGAGGAGGAGGAGGAGGAGGAGCAAGAAAAGAGGGCAUUGGAGAGCCCGAAGGAUGGAGGCGAAGCCAUGGAUAUGUGCAACGGUAAAGAGGGGGGAGAGAAAGGGGAUGAGAAUUGAGAAUUUGAGAUCAUUUGAAGGGUUUUUUUGUUUUCCUUUUUCUUUUUAACCAAAAAAAAAAAAAAAAACUAGCUGAUGCGGGAAGGGUAAAAAGGCUGCAGCCUCUUCAAAAGUUGGGCAGGAGUUUUCAAAUCCUUGUUUGGUGGGCUUCUGGGAAUGUGAAGACAGAACCUUCUCUCUUCUUGCUAGUUUCCUCUGUCCUCUUUCUCCCCUCUUAGAGACUGAAGAAAUAUAUAAUCUUUUAUUUGGCA